AUGACACUGGAGAGUAGCACUACCGGCAGAUACCUCCAACCCAACUUGACUACCGGAGGACCGGUUGAGGCCAACAGUGCCGUCGCUCCACCAGGUGGAUGUACGGUGUCGGUCAAGAUCAUGAGACACAGUGCUGUUCCUGGACCCGGCGUAGCGAUGUUCGUUGGCCGUGGCGACAGUCUAGGUGGGCAUGAACUUAGUGGUGGUAGAACACGUUCGGCUAUACAAAUCGGCAUUGGCGAAAAGUGA